AUGGACAGUAAAUUAGAAUUUGUCUCUAAAGAGUUUGGGAAAGAAGUGCACCAGUUAGACUCAAUACAAACAUGGACAUUUAGCGAAACAUUAGGGGCUUUGAGUUUGGUUUUAAUUAUUUAUUUAGCAUUGGUAUUAAAGAUUUUACCUCGGUUUAUGAAGAAUCGACAGGCUUAUGAACUCAAUCGCUUACUGUCCAUAUACAAUGCAUUGCAAGUCGCUUCUUCGAUGUACAUAGUUUUGCUUUAUGCGAAAUACAUACUCCAGUAUGGUAUAAUUACUACAAGAUGUCCACGGGGAGACGAUUUGAGGUCGGUAAUAGUCGACAUUCUACCAUACUUCAUAGCGAAGCACAUAGACCUCCUCGAUACUGUCUUCUUCAUACUCCGCAAGAAACAGAACCAAGUCACCUUCCUUCAUGUCUACCAUCACAGCGCGAUGGUAGCCUGGACCUGGUUCCACUAUAUGUAUCACCCCUGCGACCACUUCGUAGUUGUGGGGCUGAUUAACAGCUUCGUCCACGUGAUAAUGUAUACAUACUAUGGCCUGGCUUCAUUAGGCCCGGAGUACUCGAAGUUUGUAUGGUGGAAGAAACACGUGACGAAAAUUCAACUGAUGCAAUUCGUCUUAGUGAUAUCAAACCUAUAUUACCAGCAAAAGUUAACUCCGUGCCCGAUUCCAGCUGCAUUCCACUAUUUCUGCCUCUUCAGCAUCGGCUCCUUCUUCAUUCUCUUCAUAAACUUCUAUCUGCGAAGUUAUGGGAACAAAAUUAAGAAGCGUGUCGAUAUCCCUGAAGUCCGACAUCCCGACACUAUAGACUCCAAAUAUAAUUAA